AAUCAUGAGGCCUCUGAUAGGUCUCCUGGCAUGCCAGGCACUCCUCACCGUCUACAGUCGGCAUCUGAAGAGUCACCUUCGACAACAGCCUCUAUCCAAUACUCAAACUCUAUGUCGCCUUGCCAGCUCUGCCUCUUCUUCCCGUCGUCGCCUCAACCACUGCCAACGCACUGCUUGGUAUCUUCGCGCCAUGAACAAUAACAUGGCCGAUAAACCCACUUACUUCCAGACUGCACGCCAGGCCCGUAACGUGGAGCGUCUUCCGUCGCUCCUAGGUCUGCUCUAUCCGCCCCCUAUCGCUAGCCCCUGGCCGUACAAUCAACACGAGUACCGCGAAGACGUCAACAGGCGCACUCGAGCAGCCCGCAGCGAGUUUGAUCCAAACUCACCAGCCGAAUUGGUCCGUGGGAUGCUGGACAAGAAAGACCUCCUUCGCCUACGAGAGGUCGCUAGGUCACUGGAUGAUUGGGUUAUCGGAAUCUCCUUCCAGGACUGGGUCAAACUCAUGUGCCAAACCCUCUACGCCAAUACCGCCCUUUUCAACUCGAACAGCCAGGCAGAGCUCAAUGCAGGUUCAAUCAAGGCUUUGGAAGUUCUCGGGCGCAACUGCAGCCACUUCGUGAUUCGUCUGCGACCCGAUCUGGUCCAGACUCUUGGAGCGGUGGCGUGGACGGACAUUCUGAAAUACGUGCGAGGUGCUGGCAAAAUCACUAUCUCCGUAAAUGCACGUGAGAGCUUGGGGGCUGGCACAGCAGUUUGGAAUAUGCUCACAAUGAUUCGAGUCGCUCUCGAAGACUCCGAUAUCAACCCCUCGGUCGCGGAGGUCGAGUACUUGUCGGAUGCUGAGGAACCCGAAAUCCACGCCGCGCCCGCAGAGAGUCAGGAUGAGGCUGAUUUGGAGAUUGGUUUGCGCAUUAGCGCUCAAGAGCGUCUGGAAUGGAACGAGGAACUGCAAUUCCCGAUGGAUUAGCUAGGUACUGCAUUGAGGGGGGCAUGGCAGCUUCUCACCCCCUCUUUUCCC